UGGCUUGGUAACGAACAGAAAAUGUGGUUGGGAGUGAUAGCGAGGCGUUCACGGAGCGACAGCGUUGCACAAGCGCGGGCAUCUGAAUGGAGCAUGCAAUCCUAUAUACGAAUAAUGUCCUUGACCGAGCACACUACGUAGACGCUCCCGCAGGUCAUGCGCAUGGCACUGCUCACUCGUGGUGCUUACAAUACUGCCCCACUGAAGAUCUUGUGUGAGUAGCGACAGCGGUCUGUCCAGUGCAGAAGAUCCCGGGCAGUGCUGUCUCCAGAAGAGCCUUCUCGGCAAGCACGAGACAUAUAUGAUCUAAGGGUCCCCGUCUCGGGGAGCAUUUGCGAUUUCUCCGUCAUACCCCAAGCUAUCUCCAUGUGUUGACGGUCCUACUGUACCGAUCGCCCAGCAACAAAUGUCGCGUGCUCGACAAAAGCUUCUUUCCUGAUGACAUGAGCGCUCCGCAAUGGUCGAACAAAGUUCAGCCCGCGCGACUGUCCUUCCUUGCUUUAUAUAAUCCUACAUUAGGCCCGACCGACGAGACAUUCCAGGACCAGGUUGUCUUCUGGUACAGUCGCGCCGCGCAAGAAGCUCGGAAUGCGGCUAGGAAGAGCGGACGCAGUGAUGCCGCUGAUGGCGAUGCAGCACGCGAAGAGGAGAAUGAGAAGUUGAGGCAGAUUGGUUUGGCGCAGGGCAUGGUGGAUUUUGCGAGGAGCUUCUCGAAUGGCGAGCCUGUGGAUUCCGUGGAGACAGAGAAGUCCCGCAUUGUCCUGCACGAGCUGGAGGAAGGGUGGUGGAUACUCGCAUCUGUUGAUCUGACGCGGCUACCUGCCAUAGCGCAUGCGCCCGCCGAACAAACCAAGAAGAGUGGAGAGCAGGUGCGGGCAAACCCAAGCGUGGAAUAUUCGUCUCGAGAAGUUAGCCCGCCUGCUUUGCUCAUUCAGCAGCUCGUUCAAGCGCACUGCAUCUUCUCUUUACAUCACGGCCCCUCUUUGACAGAGCUCUUCGUCCGCCUAGGGCGCGCCAAACUGUGCAGCGCUCUCGACCGCUUUUGGACGCGCUUUGCGAAGACGUGGGAGGUCUUGCUGCAUGGCAACCCAGCUGCAGACGUCUUCGGUGGCGUGAAGCUUGCUAGUGGUGGAGAGCUAGGCAUCGGCGUUGGUGAGGAGGAGUGGGGUAGCGGAGAAAGGGAGGUUCUGGAAGACCUGAGCUACCGUACUGAAGGCUUGAUCGACCUUGUCGUUUCCAGGUUUGGCGAGCCCGCAACAGCUUUAGCGUCCAGAGAAGCGUCUUUGCCGGAGGAUGAACUGUUACCAUGGAUGGGCAGCGGUCGACAGCCUGCAUCAGCCGACGGCGUAGUUUUUGGUGGACUUGGUGCUAUAAGCCGCUCUUCGCUUCGCGAUAUCUCACUCUGGACACGCCAAGUCUACACAUAUGGCGAACAUGCCUACGGCGUGAAGGACAAUCCUUUACGUGACCGGCGGAAGCGCAGACGGCGCAAUCCGCUGGAACCACAAAAGGCUGAUCGGAGACCGCAGAUUCACGACCGUACGGCUUCUCAAGAUCACGCCGCCGACCAAGCCGAGCACACACCACAGCUCAACACAAUGCAUCGACCCGGAAUACCGCCACCCAUCGUGUCUGCUGCCGAGAUAGCCCUUGACAAGGCUACCAAAAACGCCGAUGAGGACAUAAGUCGCGAAGACGACACGGAGAAGCCGUCAGUAAGCACCACUAUGGGCAUUCCUGACCAGUAUAUGAAAUACCUCACAUUCGGCUUGAGCGAGCUUGGCAGAUCGAGUAAGGCAAAACGGCCUACACCGGCGUCAAGAACAUCUGCUUCGAAUGGGGAGACGUUACAGGCUAGGAUGGCCAGACAAAGGCGCCAGGAGAACAAAGGCCACUUUCUCAUUGGUCUUACUGGUGAUCUCGAGGGUCUCCCUGACGGCGAAGAAGUUGACGAGACGGACGGCAGCUAUCACGAUGAAGGCGGAGGUCCACGCACAGUCUUGCGAACCCUACAGGUUGAAUGUAGACCACGGGACGAAGAUGCCAUGGAAGACAACGAGAAUGACCUCGAAGCGACAAUGCGCCGGGACAAGGAUGAAGCUACCCCAAGCGAUCAAGGCACUAACAGCAUGCAGCGCGUGCGUGUCCUCGUCUACGUGCACCGCCCGUUCAUCUAUUGCUUCAUAUUUGCAAACCGAACUUCGAGCUUGCAGUACGCAAGCUUCUACAAGGAAUUGCAUCGAACGCUAACACCGAUACACAAGUCACUGCUUUCCUCAACAAGCGUUGCGAAAGUCGCGCAGCGCAUUGAGUUGUCGCAUGUUGAACCAGCAGACGACACCGCAAGCGUAAUGAGUACUACGAGCAACAAGCUACCGCAUAAAGGCGGAGCGGCGCUUAGCGAAACCAGGCCUAUAUUCGACCUCAUAUACGACCCAAGGCUGUUGACAGUGCACACCAGUAUACCCAACAUACCUGAACCGGGCACACCUGCUGCCGAAGGACUAGUGACUGUUGACAAGAGCAGCCAAUCAAGUGUACCACCCGGGUGGACGAGGAUUGAUGCCUUGAAUGUGCAUUCGCAAGUGCUCAGCACGCUACAGAGCGUGCAGCGGAGACACAAUGAGAUCGAAAGGACCAGCAAGACCAGCCGUGGAUGGUGGGUUGUAUGUAUGAGGGUGCCACCGUCUGCUCCUCCUAAUGGAUCGCCCGCUGCGGGUGGCAGAGACGACAUCAGUAACGAGGAGCCUUCCUCAGCCGUCACCGCCCGAACGGAGCCAGAUAUGCAACGUGUGGCUUUCCUGAUCCGCAAAUCGUCGAAUUCAAUACCCGGGAACAAGGUGUUGAGCAGUAGUACGGCAGCGAGUGGUAUGUGGAGUACGUUCGCCCUGAGAGCUGCUCCCAACGCGGACGAGAAAGCUGGAGGAGUCAGCUCUGGCUGGGGUCCUUCAUCGCUGGCGAACGGUAUGGGGGUCGACGCAAGGCGGUAUGUUGAAGGGCUGCUGAGCUUGAACAGAUAA